AUGAGUAGUCUAUCUUAUUUAUGGCCAGAGAAAUGGGAAUUUGCUCAUGAUCUCUAUCAGUUAGCUAGCCUAGGAGUUCAAUUAUUAGACUCAGGCAAUGUAGGAGUUACUAUUCAGGACUCAGCAACCUCAUCAUUGAUAGUCGAGGUCAAGGAGCGCCAGUACGAGGAUCCCAUGCUAGUUCAUUAUACAGACACAGCCCCUCAGAAGAAGAAGUCACUAUUUGAAAUUUCUGGAGACGGAGUUCUCAGAUAUCUAGGCAGAUGGUGUGUUCCUGAUGUUGUAGAAUUACAUCAUCAGAUUAUGGGAGAAGCACAUUACUACCGUUAUUCUAUUCAUCCAGGGACGACGAAGAUGUAUCAUGAUGAUAAGGAAGUUUACCGGUGGGACAGGAUGAAGAAGGAUAUAGUUGAAUUAGUAGCUCAGUGUCCUAAUUGUCAGCAAGUUAAGGCUGAGCACCAAAAGCCAAGUGGGUUGCUACAGAGCAUAAAGAUUCUGACUUAG